AUGUUAAGUGACGCGUGCAGCGGUGCAGUGGUCACCAGCAGCAGAUGCUGGCUGCAAACGGACCCCUCACAUCUCAGCUGGGCACCCGAGGGUGAUGCCCAUCUCGACUGCCGCCACGCUGUGAGCCAAAUCGCCGAGAGCUGCGUGUCGGAGCUGUUCCUGACCUGUACGCUCAUCCUCAACAACCGUGACUGGGACGAGUUGGACACCGAGCAACAGCUGUGCCUGCGCCUGCGCAACAAGCUGCUGCUGCUCUACUUCGGCUCGGGCAGCUGCGACGACUGCCGCGCCUUCACGCGCGUGCUGCGCAGGUUCUGGACGCGGCUCACGGACCCGGCGCACGUGGAGCGCGCCGCGCCGCUGGCGCUCGUCUACAUCUCGCACGACCCCAGCGCCGACUGCCAGCGCGCCUACAUGCAGCACAGCAUGCCCAGCCAGUGGCUGAGCCUGCGCCACGGAGACCCGCUCGCCUCGGAGCUCGGGCGCCGCUUCGAGGUGCGGGCGCUGCCGUCCGUGGUGGUGCUGCAGCCCAGCGGCGAGGAGGUAACUCGCGCCGGCGCGGAGGAGAUCCGGCGUCUGGGCGAAGCCGCGUUUGCGAACUGGCGCGAGGCUGCCGAGGUGCUGGACCGCGGCUUCCUCCUCGCCGAGGACUUUGAGGAGGUGGAGACGCCGUUCCGCAGCCUGUCCCACCACCUGCGCAGCCUUUUCUACAAGGCUGAGAAGGAGAAGCAGGGGUCCGACGACUUCCUUCGAGACGGCGCCGUCUAAGCCAAGGGGCGAAAUCUGCCACGCGUAGCCGUAGGUCUCGAAGAUAACCAUCGCUUGCUUCCGUCUGGCUCUGUCCGGGUCGAUGACCCGAAAAUUAUUUCUGCACCCGGGACACCGCACCCAGUCGAGCCCUUGCUGUGGUUCAGGUUGCCCGUCACAUGCCUAAUCCGGCCUACCAGUGACCCCGCACCCGGCACACCACAUCCAGUAUACCUCUCGAUAUGACUGUGGCUGCUUGUCACGUGCUGUCCACUCUAGUCUAACAGCGACCCAGAAAUUAUGAGCAAGGAAGUCGUGAAAAUAACAAUAGGAAAUCAUUGUUUUAAGGUCAGUCUUAGCUACAAAACGUGACAUCUAUUAAAUAAUGCCCUGAGCUGAGUGCAUGAUCCGGCUUCUCAAACUACCUGACCCUUUGGGGAACUGGGACAGAACUGAGUCAGCUUCAUUCAGCCUCAUCCAUAAAGCCGGAUAAAUCCCUCAGUUCAUUUAGUAAUUAUAACAACAAUAGUAAUAAUCUUCAGCCCUUGUCAAUCCACUGCUAGAUGCAGGCCUCCCCAUGCCUUUAGGUCAUAGAGGCUGCCUGACCAGACGUGUACAUGUGGGCUGGGGAUAGACAGGGUUCUCCAGAGCCUGUUCAGAUAUCGCUCGCCACUCGUGUUAGACUCAAGCUCAGGUAGCCAGGUUCAAAGCCCCGUGCUCCAAACAAUGUGUCACUGCCCUCGCAAUAGUUAUUUUAUUUAAUCAGAUAUUGUCACCGCAAAUUGAGCGUGAUUAUGUUAGUUGAUUUUUUUACCGUUUUGUAUUUUGAUAGCUUCACCGAAAACAUAUGCUCAAAAGAUAUGGCUUAUUCUCUCUGGUUAUUUCGGUAGAGCCACGUAGAUAGAAAAUAUAAUAAUAGAACACGACGUUUCGGU